AUGCCAAUACCAGUUCCCACAACAACUCCUACAAAUGAUGGCAUCAUUGGUAGCAAGGAGGAGCUGAUUCUUGCUUUGAAUGGGGAAAUCUACGACGCAAGCUCUGUCUAUGGUCCGAUUGAGACAUGGGAUGUCACUCGUGUGGAUAACUUUGAAGGGUUAUUUUCCCUAAAUGCGCCGGCUGCCGGUUCUACCUUUGAUGUUGCUAACUUCAAUGAGGAUAUAUCUGCAUGGGAUACAUCAAGUGUUACAACUUUUAAGGAGACUUUUUACGGAGCUGACAAAUUCAACCAAAACCUCUCUGGAUGGGAUGUCAGCAAGUCUGAUUCGUUCUAUGGCACUUUCAGAGAUGCCCAUGCAUUCAAUAGUGUUGUCUCAACAUGGGAUGUUCAGGGAAUUAUUUCUUUGGAAAGAAUGUUUAUGGAUGCAUGGAAUUUCAACCAAGAUGUUUCAAACUGGGAUGUGUCAUCCUGCAAAAACUUUGUUCGAAUGUUCAAAAACACACCAUUCAACAGGCCUCUUUCAAACUGGAAUGAGAAACUAUUAAGCACGCAGAACCUGAACUUUAUGUUUGACGAGGCCAACCAAUUCAACCAAGACAUUACUGGGUGGAACUUUGAUUCGAGUUUGACCUCUAUGCGUGGGACAUUUAAGGCUGCUGUCAUGUUCAACCAGGAUAUAUCUGUUUGGAACAUAGAUAAAGUGAGAACAUUUGAGGAAACAUUUUUUGGUGCCAACAGCUUCAAUCAAAACUUGUGUGCUUGGGGCAACAAAAUGAGAACGGAUGUGCAAGUUACUACUACGACCAUGUUCACCGGAGCUAACUUGUCUAUUCCUAUCGUAGUGUGUUUGGCGACGGGGGAUUCGCUUCAUUUCACUGCACGGUUACCCCACCUUCAACAGAAACGUUUCAGCGUCGUGCGGAAUGUUGUGGACUUUUCACAAGCGUUGGCUUGCCUCAUUUCGCACAAUCCAUCGUGUCGGUGGCACGACGAUCCAUGA